AUGGACGAUCGCCAGGAGCCGAAAGCGGGAAGCGAUCAUUCAUUACGGGCAGAUAUCCUCGGACAUGACGUCGAUUAUUCAACAGUGAAAAGAGAGUUCCUGAGGGAGACCUCAGCAGACACUUCAGAAUCGGAAAGUCACCCUCGAAAGAAGAGAAAAGCUCAACCUGAGGAUUUCGAACUUCGCAUGCAAGAUGGCGUUGCAGCAAAUGAGAAACCUCGUUGCUCUUCUGCUGUCAAUUUUUGUCAUUGGGAGCAGUUCGAUUCAUAUAAAAUAGCCUCAACAAUCAAACUAACUCGAACCGAAAUUAUCGUUUUAGUCUGUCCAGAGCAAGAUAGAACCGACGACCAAGAAGCAGAAAACUACUACGACGGUUCUUGUGAUAUAACGACCCCUGAUGUUGGUCAGCCAUAUGAGGAAUGGAUUAAAGAAACAAUAAUUGGAAAUGACUCUAUUGUCAAAAGGGGAAUAUUACAUUUUUGGAGAGUUGAAGGAAAGAAGGACCUAGCACAUUUUGCGUUGCGACCACUUCCUUAUCUUGAUUGUGGGAUCGGCGAGAAUCCAACACUCGGUGAUUACGAAGGACCUUUGCUGACUUUGGUGGAAAAACGGUGGCCAAAAAAUAAGGGCGAUAAAGUCAUGUGCGUUGUGGAAAAGCGGAUGCUUACAAUGGAUGAGUUGGAAGAAUAUAUGUCUACCGUGACCGAAAACCCAGACCGAAUAGCUACUGCAGAUGGUAUCUACGCAAUUGUAGACAACGGUGAGGGGUCUCAUCUCGCAUAUCACAUUGCAAGUGCUUCACGGGGUAAAGGUUCUAAAUCCCUUUCGAGUCUCGGCGUUCGCGUACAAGGAUCAUUCAUAUGCUGGGUCAAGAGCCCAAAAGCAUCUGGUACAGAUAUUGAUAAACCGCUUCUUUAUUGGAAAUGGGUGCAAGAGGAAUUUAGGGGUUUGUUGUGGACACCCUUAGUACAGCGACAUUUGGUUAUGGAAGGUACUAAAAUUCUGCUUAUUCGUGGAAAAUCGAAGAAUGAGAAAGUUAAAGAGGAUAAUUUAGAUGGUAAGUUGAAUGAUGCAGAGUUCUCGGUAGAUUUUGAGAAAGAAUUGAUUGAAUUAGAUUAUGCGGGUCUCGAUAUUGUGCCUUUGGAGGACGAUCAUCCCAUCUUCGAACUAUUCGAGGCUGUAAUAGAUGAAUUUUCUAUUCAAUGGUACCCUUGGGAAUGAAUGCUCUCUACUUGAGCAUCGUUACCACCGUAACCUUUGUAUAAAUCUCUGCAGGAUUUCCGAGUGAUUUGGUGUCUGCAUCGCGAGGACUAUUGUAGAAAUUUGAGGUUGCCACGGAUUUCAGCACAGUGUUAUUGAAGCUGAUUGACUGAGAGGUGAUAUCAGAUUCGCGAAUGGGAUAUCUUUAAGAAGAGUGUACGAUUUGGCUUGCUUUACAAACCUGUGUGACAUGGAAUAGAGUGAGAUUAACAACAAGAGGAUGGCAUACAUGACAGAG